AUGGCCAAUUCCGAGGCGGGUCCCAGCAGCUACCGGCCAUCUACACCACCACCUCGCCCUCCAGAGAACCUGGAAUUGACCCCAGAAAUGAUCAAGAGAGUGGAGAUCAAUCGCUUAAGAGCAAAGGCAAAACAGCGUGAGCGCGAACUCGAAGCGUCCACAUCCUCCGCCCCUAACGCUAACGGCAAGCGUCCGCUGGGCGUCAUACCCGCGUCUUCAACGUCGCCCACCGCCCCUAAGCCCCAACCGAAACUGAGGCGCGAUUCUCGGCUCGGAAAGUACUUUGAAUAUGACUUGUCUAAGAUGGUCAACUCCAAGGGUGGCUUCCUGCUCGAGGAUGGCAAGGAAGCGGACGCGGAAUUGAUGGCGAAGGAGAAGGAACGAGAAAGACAGAGGGCUAUGCAGAAUUUGGACCCUCCUUUAUUCCUUGAUCCCAAGCUUAACCCAAAGUGUAACGAGUGCCAGUCCGUCGACAUAGAUCAGACAUACAAGAAAGUGUUUGGAUGUCUAGUCUGCAAUAAAUGCAAGAACGAGAAACCAGAGAAGUAUAGUCUUCUCACAAAGACAGAGUGCAAGGAGGAUUAUCUCUUGACGGACCGUGAGGACACUCAUAAUGCAGCCGAGCUACGCGAUCAGGAACUCAUGCCGCAUCUCCUCAAAGCCAAUCCGCACAAGUCGACUUUCGCGAACAUGAUGCUCUUUCUGCGAUAUCAAGUAGAGGAUUUCGCAUGGAAGAAAUGGGGGACCCCGGAGGCAUUGGAUGCCGAGUAUGAGCGGCGAAUGGCAGAGAAGAAGAAAAAGAAGAAAAAAAAAUUUGAAGAGAGCUUGAGGGAGCUCCGGCGUCGAACCAGGGAGACUGUGUGGCAGAGACGGAAGGAUCAGGAGCAUAAACAUGUCUUCGGUGUCGUUGAGAAGGGCCGAGACGGAGCUGGCAAACAGAUGACGGAAGUCAGUAGACAGGAAGAACACGAGCAGAUCGCGACCUCCCUCGAGGUAGAACAACUAGAUGUGAAUCUAUUCCGCUCAAAGUCCCUUUGGCUGCCUGUACGCGCAAGAGGUGUAUAUGGUGGCCAGGUCAUCUCUCAGGCACUUGUCUCGGCUACAAAUUGUGUAGACCCUGCAUAUGGACUGCACUGUUACUUCUUACUGGGCGCAUCACCUGCGGACCCUGUAAUAUACCACGUCGGGCGAGUUCGCGACGGCCGCUCGUAUGUAACGCGAUCCGUCAAGGCGACUCAACGUGGGCGCACAGUAUUCGUUAUGCUGUGUUCGUUCCAACGGCCAGAACUUGGACAGCCCGUCUAUCACUGGCCAAUGCCCACUGGUGUCCCCCAACCAGAAUCUUGCGAGGACGUAGAGGGUUACUACGAGCGAAUGCUCGGAUAUGAGGGACUUGAUUCGAAGCUCAAGGAGUAUGCUAAGGAAUACACGACGGAGCGCAAGAAGAGCCCCAUGGCCAUCAAGAAUGCAGGUAUUACGAACUCGUCGGAUGGCGCUGUGGUCUACAUGUGGUGGUUCAAGGCUAGAAACAUACCCAAAUAUGACGCACCAUUCCAGAAGUGCAUUUUGAGUUACAUAUCUGAUUCUCAAUUUAUCGGUGUUGUCCGUCGGACACUUGGCUUGAAUGAGCAUUACGAAGGACCCAAACAGCUUACCAUGCUGGUCUCACGCAUCACUAGUGAUUCAUUUGAUUGCGGCGAUUGGUUGCUUUACGUCGUGGAAGCACCAAGGGCAGGCAGCGGGAGAGGUGUUGUGCAUGGUCGUAUGUACACUCGUACAGGAACUCUCGUUGCGGUAACGUCGCAGGAAGGCGUGGUUCGCGCGCGGGGAACUGCCGCACCUCCACAACCAAGUAAAGAUCAAUCUAAAGCAAAAUUAUAA